AUGAAUAAAUCCAUUUAUCCAUUUGUCAAGACUUUAAUUAUAAGUGCUAAAAAACAAUGUUCUCUAAUCGCUACAUCUGUUGGUAUAAUUGCUGCUCUAGGUGGCUUUCUAUAUGGCUAUGAAACAGGUCUAAGUAAUAGUGUGCUAGCCAUGACUUAUGUCAAAGAAAACUUUGCUAAAAACCAUGAAUCCUUCUCUGCAAGGGAAUCUGCCCUCACAACUGCUACCCUCUCUUUAGGCACUUUAUUUGGUGCUUUAUCUUCCUCUGUUUUAGCAGAUUCAAUUGGAAGAAGAUCGACUAUCAUAUUAGCAACUUUACUAAUAUUCAAUAUCGGCACAGUUAUACAGUUAGUAGCUACCAAUGUUCCCAUCUUAUGUGUUGGAAGGACUGUAACCGGCUUUGGUCUCGGUAUAAUUAGUGCAGUUGUACCUUUAUAUCAAUCUGAAGUAUCUUCAAAAUAUGUUAGAGGUUCCAUAGUCUCUUUAUAUCAAUGGGCUAUUACUUGGGGAUUUUUAGCUUCAAGUGGUGUUGCUCAGGGCACUCAUUCCAGAAAUGAUUCUGGCUCCUACAGAAUCCCAAUAGGCUUGCAAUCCCUUUGGGCUAUUUUAUUAAGUAUAGGAAUGUACUAUCUACCUGAAUCCCCAAGAUACUACGUUAAAAAGGGCAAAAUAGUCGAAGCUGCAAUGUCUUUGUCAACUUUAAGAAAACUAAGUGCUGAAGACUACGAAAUAAUUGAAGAACUCGUAGAAAUUAAAGCUAAUCAUGAUUACGAAGAUUCAAUUCAAAUCAACUCGUUUUUACAAAUCUUUAAAAGCGGUAGAGGCCAUAGUAAACAGUUUUUAAGAAUCAUGACUGGAAUUUGUCUUCAAGCUCUACAACAAGCAACUGGUAUAAACUUUGUCUUCUAUUAUGGAGUCAAUUUUUUUAUAAACUCCGGCGUUCAAAACUCCUAUAUUAUAUCCUUUGUCACCUAUGCUGUUAAUGUUGUAGCGACGGUUCCUGGUAUCUUUAUGGUUGAAACCAUCGGUAGAAGAAAAUGUUUAAUUUAUGGUGCUCUACUAAUGUCGAUCUUCAACUUAAUCAUUGCAAUAGUUGGGGUCACCACAAACUCUGUCAUUGCUAAUAAAAUCAUGAUAGCUUUUGUUUGUUGUUUUAUAGCAACUUUUGCUUCCACUUGGGGUCCUGUUGUUUGGGUCUAUGUUAGUGAAAUUUACUCUUUAAAUGUUCGUGCAAAAGGUGUAUCAAUUGCAGCUGGAACUAACUGGCUAUUUAAUUUUGCCUUUGCUUUUGUUACUCCUUAUUUAUUAGAUCAAGGUAAUCAUACCGCUGCUUUAGGUACAAGUAUUUUUUUUAUUUGGGGUGGUUUAACUCUAGCUGGCGCUGUUUUUUCUUAUUUUGCCAUUUAUGAGACUAAAGGUCUAAAGUUAGAAGAAAUUGAUGAAAUCAAGAAAAUCAGAAUAUAG